AAAAAAGUGUCAACUAGCCUAUUCUUUAUUACCAGCGACAGCGUUCAAAUGUCAACUAGCCUAUUCUUCAUUUCCAGCGACAGCGUUCGCGGAGGCGCCUCCGCUAUACGCGCUGGACGAGUGGUCUCAGUGCCAGCGUGCUGAGGAUGUCUACUGCAUCGUGCACGCCGCGCUCACACCUGCCCACAGCCCGCUGUAUGACUUGCUACAGGAAUAUUCAGCUGACACCCAGAAACACUUCAACCGCACUCUACUACACCGCGGCAUCUGCGUGUCGCGCUGCGGCGGCCAGGGGCCCGACACCUGGCACUAUGCUGCGCAGCUCUGCGUCAACCAGAACCUCGCCCGAUACGACCUGCAGGCAGAAGUACUAUCGGUGGAGUGGUGUAACAAACCGAUCCCUAAGCUCAGCGCUGCAGCAUUUGCCUUCAACAUCGUGCUCCUGAUCUUGCUGGGUGCAAACUUCCUAGCUACUGGCUUACAUGUUUUGGGGAAAUACUGUGGGAGAUUCCAAGAAAACAGAUACAUCCUGGCAUUUUCAAUCAAAAACAACUGGGACAUACUAACGCACAUACGGUCGACUACAAAAGAAGACCGUACGAGAGAUUUAAGCAUCUUACAAGGAAUUCGAGUCCUGGGAAUUUUGGGCGUCAUCUCUACCCACGUGAUUCUUGUCCAUAUUUAUUCUUUCGUCGACAAUCCUGAAUUCAUUGAAAGUAUGUUUGAUCACAUCCCGACUCAAGUGGUUUUUAACUCUCCGAUCUGGAUGCAGGUGUUCUUCUCCAUAUCCGGAUUCCUCACCGCAUACUUCACUCUCAUUUACACGGAGAAAAGUUCGCUUACGUUCGGAAAAUGCUUACUUGCUUUGAUCUACAGGUUUAUAAGGCUAACUCCAGUAGCGAUGGCUGGGCUGUGGUUCACGAUCGCAUUCCCACGGCUGGGCACGGGCCCGCAGUGGCAGCUGUUGGUGGAACAGGAGUCCCAACACUGCUCCGAGCGCUGGUGGUACCAUCUACUGUACGUGCAGAACCAUCCUUUGUCGGGGAAAUACUGUAUGUCACAUACGUGGUAUUUGGCAGUAGACAUCCAGCUUCAAAUCCUCGGCUCCCUUCUGUUGCUGAUCUUCGUGAGGUGGAGGAAAGCUGUGGUGCCAGUCAUAUCUGUGUUGGUUACCUUCUCCAUCGUCGUCUCUGGUCUGAUCGUAUACUUCUACAACCUGUGGCCAAUUAUAACUGUACAAAGCCCUGAAGUUGUCAGCAACUUUUUCAAAGACUCAAACUUGAUGACUAAACUCUAUCUGCCGGUAUGGACGAAUCUUUCUGGAUACUUGUUCGGGUUUGCAGUCGCAUUCAUCUACUAUAACAACCAGGAAAAGGGAUUCAUGCUGAAUGAAGUAAAGUGGUUCAACCUUCUGUUCCACACGUCGCUAAUGCUAGCGCUGAUGGUGCAGCUGGCCGGGGUUGUGUUCCUGAUGGACACAAAGCCCCCGCGCUGGGCCGCCAUCGUCUACGGCUCCCUCGACCGCACUCUCAUCGCCCUCUUCAGCAACAUCUUCCUAUUGGGCUGCUUUAGCAAUUGUAAAUCUAUAUUUCGCGACGCGUUGUCUUGGCGCGGCUUCCACACGCUGGGCCGGCUCUCCUACUGCGUGUUCAUCGUGCACUUCAUCGUAAUGCGCAUGUCUGUGGCCAGCAACACGCAGAUCGGACACAUCUCCUUCUACUCACUGGUAAUGUGCUUCCUUAUCACCAUACUAAGUAGGUAUCGUUCGUGGCUAUCCAUGACUUACGUCACACAAAUUCGAAGUCUGUCAGCCUAAGGUUUUG